AUGCAUCGUUAUUAGAUGCCAGAUCAAGUUGCCAGCUGUGCUAAGCUGCAAUCAAAAUGUCUAAGUAUAGGCUUGUUCUCUUAAGACAUGGGGAAGGAGCCUGGGCCAAGGAAAAUCGCUUCUGCAGCUGGGUGGACCAGAAGCUGAGCAGUGAUGGGAUAAAGGAAGCUCAGAACUGUGGCAAACACCUUAAAGCGCUGGGCUUUGAGUUUGACCUUGUCUUCACCUCUGUGCUGAGCCGCUCCAUCCAGACUGCAUGGCUGAUCCUGCAAGAGAUGGGCCAGGAGUGGGUCCCCAUUCAGAGCUCCUGGCGGCUGAACGAGCGUCACUAUGGUGCCCUGAUCGGGCUCAACAGAGCAGAAAUGGCUCUGAAUCACGGGGAGGAGCAAGUGAAGAUAUGGAGGAGAAGCUACGAUGUCACCCCGCCUCCCAUAUCCGAAUCUCACCCUUACUACGAGGAGAUAUACAACGAUCGCCGCUAUAAGUGCAGUGAUGUCUCUCAGGAAAGUCUCCCGAAAGCUGAAAGUCUCAAAGAUGUGCUUGACAGACUGCUUCCCUAUUGGAAUGAAAAGAUUGUGCCAGAACUAAAAAGUGGCAAAAUGAUUCUGAUCUCUGCUCAUGGUAACACCAGCAGGGCAUUGCUGAAACAUAUUGAAGGCAUCUCCGAUGAGGACAUCAUCAAUGUUACUCUCCCCACUGGUGUGCCCAUACUUCUUGAACUUGAUGAGAAUUUGCACCCUCUGGGCCCUCACCAGUUUCUGGGUGAUCAAGAAGCUAUCCAAGCUGCCAUCAAAAAAGUGGAAGAUCAAGGGAAAGUAAAAUCUGUUGAGAAGUAAAAUGUCACUGACUAAUGAAACUGUGUUCAAAGUGUGGUAGGAAGUGACAAUGUAUGUAUGACUGCUAGGUUGUACUGUGUGAAUGUCUCAAUUUCAGGCACUAAAUAAUUGGAAGGGACAAUUGUUGAGUCUCAGGUUGAUAGCUUAACCCUUUGCCUUUUCAAAAACUGGACUUUAGAUCACAGCAUGAGGUUAUCAGUACUGGAAAAAAGAAAUGAAGAGAUGAUUCAGGUAAUGGAAACUUGUAAAGCAGUCUGCCCCAGAUCUUGGACUGAGGAUGGCCCAGUACAGAAAAAAAGGGAUGUGUUAGUGUUGUCUACCAACAGUCAGUCCUAAUCUGUUAAGGAGAAAAGCACCAGCUUACUGGACUAAUUAAGUCCAGGUUGUUACAGGUGCUAAAACUUUCUCACUGACAAAGUGGCUCCAGAUAACUCUGUUAUCAACUGUGAUUCUUCUGUGUCAGUGGCAAUGACAAUUUGUUGUGAAUGGAUUUCCCUCCGUCUUUCCGAACACUUCCAGUUGGACAACUCUCUGCCUUUGUUAUUUUGAAUCUUCCAUGGCCAGUUCACGAUCCAGAGAAUUUUGUAAAGAUGUUCUGACUGUUAGUUAUCCUAGUUGUCUUUUGUUACACUAUAUUCCGUUUUUUCAAAGGAAUGUAGAUGGAAUUCUUUUUCCUCCACCACCUUUGCAAAGCCUAGCAUGACUGCGUUUUGCUGGCUUACAGUAAUAGCAUCUAACUCAGACUUAAGUACACAAAAGAAGCACAGAGGUUUCCUGCUUAGUGUUUAAAUUAUAAUGGAGCUCUCAGGGACCUGAAUACCUUUGAAACACUUCUGUAACAUUUAACUUAAUAAAACUAAAAAAUAGGAACUCCUCCCCCCCAAGCUUUCCUGAGCUGCAAAGAUAUCCUGAUAAAUAUGUUCUACAGUAAUAUUACUGUGGCAUUAUCUGUAUCGAAUUCUCUGAAGGGCUGGAAGAGAUGUAUGAGGCAGGUAAGAAGUGUUACUGGGUGCAGCUCAUUCAGCCAUUGUGCUGGUAGGGAAGGAUAUUCUGCCAAGCCUGAAAGUGUUCUCCAAUAAACCUCUCCUCACAAUCAUAGUUUGAUUCCUGCUCAGUGUGGCCUUGCUGUUGUUAGGCACUGAUUUUGACCAGUUCACACUGUGGUUGGAUGUUGUGUAGCAUGUAUGGCACUCUGAUGUUCUCUUUGUGUACACGAGCAUCAGGGUAAUUCCACUUUUGAAGACUUGCUCUUAAUCUUAUUUGCAAAUAUGAUACUGUUACUAAAAUUUAUAUCUGACCCACUGUCACAACACCUGAGCAUCUUCAUUCUGACCUCUCAUAAUGGCAUGGGUGUCAUUUGUGUGUGUGCUGUUAGAGCUGAAUGUGUUCUCAGCAUGGCCCAGGUACAAAUAUUGAUGUUUAUGAGAAUUUCCUUGAAAUGAUGAUGGUAUAAACUUUUACAGUCCUAGGGUAACUGCUGCUUUGCAGUGAGCAGCUCUGUAAACUCACUUUGUUAGAGGAUGUUUUUUUUUGUUUUGAGGAAAGCAAUGUGACAGUGUGGUGUGCCUCUGACAGUCGUCCUGAUACGUGGAGCAAAGCUUUCUGGGUCUGAUGCCAGGUCAGAGUAGUGUAGCACAUAAUUCAUAAAAGACUUCUUGCUAGGAGGCAGUUUCUCUUGCAUGAACUAUGCUUGGGCUUCUCUUUGGUUUUGUUUUUGUAGCCCCUGCGGUAGGAACAAAGUUACAUGUUUCUCUUUUGAACAUAAAGCUGGUAGGUUUCCUCUUUCUUUGUACAAGAGAGGGUUUUACAGUGUUUGUUUUGGGGGUUUUUUUGUUGUUGUUUGUUUGUUUUUUCUCUGAAAUAUUGUUAGCAGCUUCUCUGCUACUUUAUUUGAUACUGACUUACUCCUUUAUGGGUUUUUAGUUUUCUGUGUGUAGAGUAACUCUGAAUCUUAGUUGAUGCUUUACAAGUCAGUGUGACAGACUUAGAUUGUUGAUCAGCCAACAUUCACCUGUGAAUGCCCUGAGAAGGGCCUCUGGCACUCAAGUGAUUAAGUUCUUCUCCAAACAUUAUAUAAUGUGUCGAGUUUAGUAUCAAGUAAAAGUUCCUGUAGGCUUGUAAACAAGACUAGCAGAGCCACCUGUUGUCAGUGGGAACUGCAUGCAUCCAGAUGUGAGUGUACAGGCCAUGUCCACAUCCCUUUGGCAUUGUGGUGUUGUAGCAUAGAACUUCUUCAGGACUUGAUGUGCAGCUGGAAUAUAUGUGGAAAUGAAAACCAACUGAACUGGGAGAUAUGCUCUCUCUUCCCCUAGUCUUAGAGAACCCAUGCUCUCUUCUGGGCAAUGGAAAGGUAGAGUAGACAAGUAAAUUUGGAGAGCAUUAUUACUUCUUCUUGCAGCUGAAUGGGUAAAAUUGAUCAAAACAUCCUUUCAGAAGAGUCAUGGACAGUAAGAAGAGAACACUAAUUGUGAUGUUUUCAAGGUGAUGCUGUUUUUACAGUGCUGCUUGAGAUGUGAACAGUGACAGUGCCCUGGAAGUUUGACUUUGUGACUCUGGAGCGAUGACAGAAUUUUACAUGCACAUCUGGCAGCAAUAACACCUCACGAAAGUAUCAGAUGGAACCAACAGGGGAUUUCAUUGUUCUCCUUAAGAUUAUUUUAACACCUUGCAAUGCUUCCUUCUGAAUAGCCUUUUAAUUAAAAUCCUGAUUCAUAAAAUGUGUAUAUUGAAGAACAGAAACCAACUUCCAUCAACAGUAGCAUAAAGAUUGCUGAUCUUCAGGCAGAGCUACAUGAGAGGGAGACAUGAGAGUCUUGCUGGUGACUUUAGAGAUCAGUGGUUGGGAAGCAUUUUCCCAUAUUUGAGUAUGCCUCAAAAUCCUAUAAGGUAACUGGUGUUUUUACAGUUAACGUAAUGGAUGUGGUUAAUUUGGUUUGUUUAUGUAUUUUUAACUUGUGGUUCAUAGCAGUAAUAGUUCUAGAUCCUCUUGAAAACCUUUGUAAAUAGGGAGGAUCUGGCAAGUUCUUUCUAGCACAAUAAAUUCACCUGAAAUAGAAUUCAA